AUGGCGAUUCUACACCAUGAACAUCAACAAGAGAAGUACGCUUCUUUCUUUCUUGAUGCUCUCUACUGCGAAGAAGAUGGCGCGGCUCGUGUUUCAGAGGAAGAAGAAGAGAGUUCUCCUUCAUCUUCCAACAAUGGCGGAUCCCGUUCUUUUUUCCCUCUCUUGUUGGAGCAAGACUUGUUUUGGGAAGACGACGAGCUACUUUCGUUGUUUUCCAAGGAAGAAGAUGAGUUUUUAACGGUGACCCGCCGUGAGAUCCACCGUGAGGCGGUGGAGUGGAUGCUUAACGUCAAUGAUCGCCACGGGUUCACCGCUCUCACUGCUGUGCUUUCGGUUAACUAUCUGGAUAGGUUCCUUAGUAGCUUCGGUUUACAAAACAAUAAGCCGUGGUUGAUCCAACUCGUGGCGGUCACUUGUCUCUCUUUGGCUGCAAAAGUUGAAGAGACCCAUGUGCCCCUCCUUCUAGACCUACAAGUGGAAGGGGCAAGAUAUGUUUUUGAACCCAAAACGAUUCAAAGAAUGGAGCUUUUGGUACUCUCGACACUUAAAUGGAAGAUGCAUCCGAUCACCCCACUUUCAUUCCUCGAUCACAUCACGAGAAGACUCGGCUUAAAGACUCGUCUCCAUUGGGAGUUUCUCAAGAGAUGUGAGCGUCUGCUCCUUUCUGUAAUCUCUGAUUCAAGAUCUGUUCUUUAUUUCCCCUCUGUAUUGGCCACCGCAACAAUGAUGCACGUAAUAGACCAAGUCGAGACUUUCAACUCGGUUGACUGCCGGAGCCAGCUUCCGGGUGUUCUUGAAAUGAGCAAGGAUAAAGUAAAUGAUUGUUAUAAGCUCGUUCUUGAUGUAUCAACGAGACCCGAAAACCGAGACAAUGCGUACGAUACGUUUCCUUUUCAUUGCAACCAAAAGAGGAAGCUUGAGGCGUCUCCUAGUUGCAGCAGCCCUAGUGGCGUGAUUGAUGCUGAUUUUAGUAGUGACAGCUCAUACCAGGCUUCGAUUGUGGGGCCGCCGCCGCCGUCCGAGCCGCCGUUUAAGAGGAAGAGGGGUCAAGAAGAAGGGAUGCGUUUGGCAUCACUCAACCGCGUGUUUGUGGACAUCGUUGGCAAUGGCAGCAGGCCUUCUUGAUCAUCUCCUUUUAAC